AAAAAAAGAAAUAAAAUAUUUUACAGCAUUGCUUUGUGGAGUUCGAGCCAAAGCCUAACCCUUAGAUGUGAUCAACCGUUAUUUCGUCAAAGCAUUGAGUUCUUCCCCCACAAGCACUUAGGCACGAACUUUUACACGCAACAUUUUGGUUGCAAUGGCUGCUACGCUGUUUUCUUGAUGGCUGAUGGUCACGGAUGGUUUUGGAUUCCGUAGAUGCCAAGAAUGUCGAUCCGAGAUGAAGCUGAAGAAAAACUGAGUGUUAUCCUGAUCAUCACCAACAUCAAUCGUAUACUGGACAUAUAUCUGGUAUGUUUCUAGAUAUAUACCCCAACAUCUGCAUCAAAAACAUAACAUCAAUCAGCGGUGCUCUAGAUAUGCGUCUCAAUUCUCAAGAGUUUGUUUCAUUUGGGGUAGUGAUCGAUUGUUGUUGUGGGGUGGAAGGGAUUCAGAUAAAAAUCAAAGCUUUGAAAUUUCACUGAUCAUCAUGGACAAGGCAGAGAAAGCUAUGCGGAAGAGCUACUUUGAUGUCUUGGGUUUGUGCUGUUCUUCGGAAGUUCCGUUAAUUGAAAACAUCUUGAGACCUCUCCAAGGAAUCAAAGAGGUUUCAGUCAUCGUUCCAUCACGAACCGUCAUUGUUGUCCAUGACACUCUUGUGAUUUCGCAACUUCAAAUUGUUAAGGCACUGAAUGAAGCAAGGCUAGAAGCAAAUAUCAGAGUGUAUGGGGACGAAAAGCACCAAAAGAGAUGGCCAAGCCCUUACUCAAUUGCCUCUGGAGUGUUACUUUUGCUUUCUCUCCUCAAAUUUGUGUUCCAUCCCUUGAAAUAUUUGGCACUAGGAGCAGUUGCUGUUGCUGUCUAUCCUCUCAUCUUAAAGGCCAUUGUCUCCAUUCGGAACCUUAGGCUGGACAUCAACAUUCUUAUGCUCAUUGCAGUUAUUGGGACAAUUUCUAUGAAUCAUUAUUUGGAAGCCGGCACCAUUGUUUUCCUCUUCUCAAUUGCACAAUGGCUAGAGUCAAGCGCAAGCCACAAGGCAACUGCAGUAAUGUCAUCUUUGAUGAACAUAGCCCCUCAAAAAGCAGUCAUAGCUGAAACCGGAGAGGUUGUGGAUGCUGAUGAGGUGAAAAUAAACACCGUUUUAGAAGUUAAAGCAGGCGAGGUGAUACCCAUUGAUGGUGUUGUGAUAGAUGGAAUCUGUGAAGUUGAUGAGAAAAAAUUGACUGGGGAAUCAUUCCCUGUGGCAAAACAAAAGGAUUCUACUGUAUGGGCUGGCACCAUCAAUUUAAAUGGUUAUAUUAGUGUGAAAACUACUGCACUAGCUGAGGAUUGUGUGAUGGCUAAAAUGGCAAAGCUUGUUGAAGAAGCUCAAAACAGCAAAACCAACAUCCAGAGAUUGAUUGACAAGUUUGCCCAGUUUUAUACCCCAGGCGUUGUAAUCAUAUCAGCUCUUGUAGCGGUGAUUCCACUUGCGCUAAAACAACAUAACCAUAAACUUUGGCUUCAGUUUUCGCUGGUUGUUUUAGUAAGUGCAUGUCCAUGUGCACUCAUCCUUUCAACGCCAGUUGCAACUUUUUGUGCUUACACCAAAGCAGCCACAUCAGGUCUUCUCAUCAAAGGGGGUGAUCAUCUUGAAACACUUGCCAAAAUUAAGGUCAUGGCCUUUGACAAAACGGGUACCAUAACGAAGGGUGAAUUUGUGGUCACACAUUUUCAAUCUCUUUCAGAUGACAUUGAUUUCAACACAUUGGCUUACUGGGUGUCAAGCAUAGAGAGCAAGUCAAGCCAUCCAUCGGCAGCAGCAAUUGUUGAUUAUGGAAGGUCUCUCUCCGUUGAACCAGAGCCAGAAAAGGUGACAGAAUUUGAAAUUUUCCCUGGCGAAGGAAUAUGUGGGAAAAUUGAAGGCAGAGUUAUUUACAUUGGAAAUAAAAGAAUUGCCGCAAGAGCUGGGUCUGAAACAGUUCCUAUCUUACAAGGUGAAGUUGAAAGAGGAAAGACCACGGGAUACAUAUACUUGGGAGCAAUCCCAAUUGGAUUUUUCUCUCUUUCAGAUGCUUGCAGAUUAAGAGUUCAGGAGGCAAUAGGACAGUUGAAGUCAUUGGGAAUCAAAACCGCUAUGCUCACUGGAGAUAAUCAAUCUGCUGCGAUGCAAGUACAGGAUGAGCUGGGGCAUUCUCUUGAGUUAGUUCAUGCAGAACUUUUGCCAGAGGACAAGGUGAAAAUCAUCUCAGAAUUUAAGAAGGAAGGUCCAACAGCCAUGGUUGGGGACGGCCUAAACGACGCGCCGGCAUUGGCUGCAGCUGAUAUUGGAAUCUCGAUGGGCAUUUCAGGUUCUGCAUUGGCAAGUGAGACGGGCAAUAUAAUUCUUAUGUCCAAUGACAUUAUGAAGAUACCAGAAGCCAUUAAGCUUGCAAGAAAAGCUAGUAGGAAAGUGGUAGAAAACAUUGUUUUUUCAAUCAUGACUAAGGCUGCGAUUCUUGAUUUGGCCAUUGGUGGUCAUCCACUUGUUUGGGCAGCAGUUGUGGCUGAUGUUGGAACAUGCCUAUUGGUCAUCUUUAACAGCAUGUUACUUCUGCGAAAAGGACACAACCAUGGAGGAAAAUGUUGUAGAUCUUCUACUAAACCGCAUAACCACAAAAAUGGAUGUGGUGGCUCUCAUGAUAAUUCCUCUCAUCAUCACCAUCAUCAUGAGCAUGAUCAACAUCAACAUGAAGAUCAUAGCCACAAACGUUGUUGCUCAGAAAAGACAAAAAAAUUGUUCCCACCUCAGAAAUGUGGUGGUGCUCAUGGCAGUUCCUCUCAUCAUCAUCAUCACCACCGUCAACAUCAACAUGAAUACCAUAACCAUGACCAACACGAUCAACAUCAUCAGAAGUGUGCCUCACAAACAAGUUUCUCAACAUGUCCACCCUGCUCUUGAAAUUCAACUUUAGGUGGAAUUGUUAACCAUUGCAGCACCAUGAAGGGUCAUGAUCAAUGUAAGGGGAAUCACUUUGGCAGUUGUUUGGGUAUAUGUUAAGGGCUUCUUCCUUUUUUAUUUAUUUAAUGUAUGUUGCUUAUAUACUAUAGUAUGCAGCACUACUCAUUGACAUUAAUAUAAGAAGUUGAACGUUUUCUGUCAA